AUGGAGGCAGGAGUGGUGAGGGUGGAUGGAGAGACGCUGAAACGCCGGGGGCUGAACUGCUACAUGUACGCGCCCAAGGAUGAGCUGAAGCACCGGCUGCUCUGGCGAGAGCCCUACACGGAGCAUGAGGCAGUCUGCAUGCGGUCUCUCAUCGAAGCUGCCCAAAAGCAGGGUGUGGAGUUUGUUUUUGCCAUUUCUGCUGGCCAGGACAUGGUGUUUUCCAGUGCCGGGGAUCGGCUCCUGCUGCAGCAAAAACUCAGGCAGGUGGCUGCCAUGGGGUGCUGCUCCUUCGCACUGCUCUUCGAUGACAUCGACCCCUGCAUGUGCCAGGCUGACAGAGACGUCUUCCCCUCCCUGGCACAGGCUCAUGCCUCUGUGGCCAACGAGGUGUACCAGGAGCUGGGCCAACCCCCUGUCUUCCUCUUCUGCCCCACAGAAUACUGCAGCUCGCUCUGCUCUCCCAGCCCCAGCCAGUCCUGCUACCUGCAGACCAUCGGCCAGGAGCUGCUCCCUGGGAUCAGUGUCAUCUGGACAGGCCCAAAGGUGGUGUCACAGGAGCUCUCAGCUGCUCUGCUGGAGGAGGUGGAGGGUGUCCUACGGCGCCGCCCCGUCAUCUGGGACAACCUCUACGCCAAUGACUAUGACUGCAGACGUGUCUUCCUGGGCCCCUACAUGGGACGUGCUCCUGGUCUCAUGCGCAGGCUCCAGGGACUGCUUCUCAACCCUAACUGUGAGCUCCAGGCCAACUUCAUCCCCAUACACACGCUGGGCACCUGGUUUCAGAGCGAGCUGGGAAUUUAUGCCAACCCUGAUUGUGCAGGAAUGGAGAUGGUGGCAGCUCUGGGGGACAGCCGAGGCCCACGGGAGGGGAGCUACAGCCCGCAGGAAGCCUUGGAGCUGGCGCUGCAUGACUGGGUUGCUGAGAUAAACCAGCAGGCCUUGGAGCCAGGAGGAUGGACCCCAGGACACCCCAGUGUCGACCUCAAGGGAAGAUCAAGGCUGCAGUCUGGCACAGCAGGAGGACAGGAGGUUGUGCCCGACCCCGAGCAGCACGACUCCGUUCCCAGUGGGGUAGACCAGCACGGCCCUGAGCCCUGUGGUGUGGCACCAGGGGAGGGAUGCAGGAAGGUGACCUCGGAGCCUGAGAAGGGCAGUGGAAGCAGGACACCCAAUGGCAGUCAGCAGAGCCCCACAGGGGAUGGGGACCAGCUUGCCACGGGGAGCAAGGAAUGCUGUGAGCCCUCCUCUUCUUUGCCCAGUGUGGCUGAGAGUGCCCAGUCUGCAGGAAUCCCAAUGGCUACCAAGACCCUUCUCAACCCAGGCCACACCAUGAGUUCCAGCAGUGAGGCCAACACCAAUCAGAACCUUCCUUUGCCCACCAGUGAUGCCGGGACAGGGAGUGGCAGCCCCGCUCAGUCCCCCAGCAGCACCCAGCCUGAGGCCAUCAGGGCUGACAUGCUCCAGACACCCUCAGGGACUGGGGCUGGCGCCAGCCCUGGCCCCCCAGCCCUGCUGACUGAAGGGACUGGCGCCAGCCCUGGCACUCCAGCCCUGCUGACUGAUGAGAUCACUGCUAGCUCUGGCCCCUUGGCACCAGUGACACCAGAGGAGGUUACAUCCAGCCCCACAGCAGCAGUAACCCCAGAGACUGGGUCUGGCCCCAUGGUACCACUGACCCCCAAGGAGGCCAGGACCAGCCCCACAUCACAGAUGACCUCAGAGGAGGCCAGGACCAGCCCCAUGGCACUGGUGACCCCAGAGGAGGCUGGGUCUGUCCCUACGACACUGAUGAUCCCAGAGGAGGCCGGGUCCAGCCCUACAGCACCGCUGAGUCUGGAGGAGGUGCGGAUGCUGGUGGAGCUCUUCUACCUGCCCUACCAUCAUGGGGCACUGGCACAGGAGCUCCUGGAGCACUUUCGGUGGCUCCGGGCAAACAGCCUCAGCGUGGGGGUCCCGGCCACGGCGCCUGAUGCCUGCGGGGUAAGGCUGGUCCGGGCGGAGCUGCAGGAAGAUGGUCACCUCCUCUGCGACCCUGGCCCCAAGGGCACCUGGGGAAACUGCUUUGGCUGGUGCCAGAGUAUCACUGCCCCGAUCUUGUUGGGGAGGGAUGCCGAGCCUUGGGCACGUCGUGGGGGCCUCUUUGGAGAGCUGCAGGCACUGCUGCCUGUGGGGAACAGCUGUGACCUCUUCUACCACCCACCACCUCUCUUCCCAUCCAGCCAGACGUACCUCCUGCGCCCGCUGCUGCCCUUGGACAAGGGAGAGCUUUACCGUAUGUGCCGGGAGAGUUUGGACUGUGAUCCCAAAGUGGCAGAGAUCCUCAUGGCCCACCCAGAUCUCCUCGGUGACAGGCUGCUGGGCCCCUUCCUCAGCCUGAGCCCCGAGUACACCUUUGUGCUGGAGGACGAGGGUGGUCCGUGUGGCUACGCAGCUGGAGCACUCCAUGCUGAAGGCUUCCUGCAGCAGCAAGACAGCAGCUGGCUGCCAGCCAUACGGCACAAGUACCCCCCAGACCUGGGCACGGGUGGCCCAGCUCUGGGACAGGAUGCCUUGGAGGAAGCAGUGCUCUUCUUCCAUGCAGAGCCACGGGCUGUGCCCCUGCCUGUGCUGCGGCGCUUCCCCUCCCUUGUGCAGCUGGGCACGGCCCCCCGUGUGCUGGACGUGGGGGCCAGCCGCAGCCUGGCCCUCUGCCUGCUGAGUGCACUCAGGGCCAACGGGUCGCGAGGAGUGUUUUGCCAGGUCCGUGAUGCUGAUCGGCAGCAGCUGAGCUUCUACAGCAAGCUGGGCUUCGUCGCCCUGCCGGUGGCCUGGGGCAGCUCUCCCGGCACUCAGCUCCUGGGACGUCUCCUCUGAUGGGGGCAAGGGGAGACAGUGCCCCGGGACAGGCUGAUCCCCCAGGACAGGCUGACCCCCUGUCCCACACAGCAUUGGCCUGAGGGAGCGGGAGCAGAGGGGCACCGUGAGCAGGUCAGGUACAUGAGAGAAGAGACACGGCGUGGGGGCGAGCAGGAUGCCACUGGGAUGUGUGCAGGGCUGCGAGGGUCCUUCAGUAGCAGAGAGCUAUUUCUGCCAUCUCAGGAGAUUUGAGCACCAGGGCCCCUCUGUGCCACCCUGACUGUUCCUGCCUGCUGGGCAUCCUCCGCCUUUGCUGGGGAGCCAGGCUGUCUGCAGCCCCCAGGCCUGUUGGAGCCCAUGGGCAGUGUUUGGGGUGGUGGUCCUGGAGCACAGCAUGGUGCCUUAGUACUACAGGAGUGUCCCUGUCACAUAGGCUGGGCUGCCUGGCUCUCUCCAUCCCCUGGGUGACCCAAGGAUGGGCAACUGGUGCUGGGGCUGGCUCUUGGCCCCGAGGACCUGCUUGUCUGUAUGGACCAACCUGGUGUGGGACACAGUGAGGCAGCCUCCAUCUUUGUGCCUGGAGGCUGAGAGGAUCGCUGUUCUUGGCA